AUAAAAAUUGAAUCCCCUCUUUCCUUUAUUUCGUUUUUGUUCUAUGCCUUUUGCUCUUCCUCCAAGCUCUCUCUAUCCCCGUCUAUACACCUAUAUUAUUACCCUCUCUACACUCUCUUCCAUCACUUCCCCUACCCAGUACUUGAGAGAUAUGGGUCUCUUAAGCUCCUUUCCUUCAUGGAUUUUUUCUUCUGUAUACUGAGCUAAGCAAAGACAAGAAGAUGGCAAUACAGCAAUAUGAACAGCAGCAACAACAACAAGAGAAUCACCCUUCCUUCUUGCUAGAUGCUCUCUACUGUGAGGAAGAAGCGGAUGCAGGGGAAGUUUUAGAGGAAGAGAGUUCUUGUGUGGGCUGUAACAAUGGCGGAAACCCUUCAUUUUUCCCACUGUUGUUGUUAGAGCAGGAUUUGUUUUGGGAAGACGGGGAGCUUCUUUCACUUUUUGCUAAAGAAACAGAGCAGCAGCCGUCUUGUUUCAAUGUGGGAACCGAUGAGUCCCUAGCAAUGGCUCGCCGAGAGGCUGUCGAGUGGAUGCUUAAAGUCAAUGCUCGAUUUGGAUUCACCACUCUCACGGCUGUACUUUCCAUUAACUAUUUGGACAGGUUCUUAAGUACCUUUCAGUUUCAAAGAGAUAAUCCUUGGAUGAUCCAACUCCUGGCUGUCACUUGUCUCUCUUUGGCUGCAAAAGUUGAAGAGACACAAGUGCCUCUGCUCCUAGACCUACAAGUGGAGGAGACGAAGUAUGUUUUCGAGGCCAAAACUAUACAAAGAAUGGAGCUUUUGGUGCUCUCCACACUGAAAUGGAAGAUGCAUCCAAUUACACCCCUUUCAUUUCUAGAUCACAUCAUAAGAAGACUUGGGUUGAAAACCCACCUCCAUUGGGAGUUUCUUAAGCGAUGUGAGCGUCUCCUCCUCUGUGUAAUCUCUGAUUCAAGAUCCAUUCAUUAUCUUCCCUCUGUAUUGGCUACUGCAACCAUGAUGCACGUCAUAGACCAAGUUGAGCUUUUCAAUCCCAUUGACUACCAAAAUCAGUUGCUGAGUGUUCUUAAAAUUAGCAAGGAAAAAGUAAACGAUUGUUACAAGCUCAUCCUUGAUGUAUCAACAAGACCCCAGGCCCAAGGCAAUGGUGGUGCAUGUAAGAGGAAGGUGGAGGAGAGGGUUCCUAGCAGCCCUAGUGGAGUGAUUGAUGCUGCAUUUGGCAGUGAUAGCUCGAACGAUUCUUGGGGCACGGUGUCCUUAUCGCCUGAGCAGCAGCCACCUUUUAAGAAGAGCAGAGCCCAAGAGCAAGUAAUGCGUUUGCCAUCACUCAACCGAGUCUUUGUAGACAUUGUUGGCAGCCCUUCUUAAUUAAAUCUCCCUUCUCUCUCUCCCUCGCUCUCUCCAUCUCUUUCUUUGUUCCAAAAAGAUCUAUAUUUAUUAUGCUUAUGUUCCCUUUUGGUUCAAGGAACCAAAUGUUAAGUUAAAAAAAAUGAAAAAAACAAAGUAAAAGGUGCAUUGAAAUUGAAGAAUGUAUUUUGGGUAUUUUGGCACCUCCAUGUUUCCAUCUACAAGUGUCUUUUCAAAGCAAUAGUUUUAUAUGUA